AAAUACUUAGUACACUAUUCCGCUUGCAAUUGACUGUUCCCUCGCAACAAGCGCCUGAACAUGAGCUCGCCGCUAUUCCAGUCACGAGUAGGCAGCCAUGCGCUAGCUUCGUCCUCGUCGCAUAGAGUGGGUGCAAUGGGGGCUUGUGGGCGAGCGCGGCUUGUCGCGCGGCGGGCGCAGCACGCAUCCAGGCAGCCGUGUGUGGCUGUUCGCGCGGAGAAAAAGGAGUACUAUGAUUACAAGGACAUGCCCCCGCUUCCCCUGACCGUGACGCGCAUUCACAUACCCAAGCUUGACUACACAGUCGUGAGCAAGCAGAAUGAGGAAAUGCGGCUCGCGUCGCUGGCCAUCUUCUAUGAUAUCUACAAGGAUGAGCAGUAUAAAAGCAGGCUGACACGCAAGUCGGCGAUGACGGCGCUGUGCAUGUAUGACCGGGACGACGUGGAGGAGGCGCAGAAGGCACCCGGCGACUAUCCCAACAUCGACCUGCUCUUUCGCGUGUACAACCAGGGCAUGGACCUGGAGUUCGAGGUGGAGGAGUUUAUGCCCAAGUAGAUAGAGCUUGCUGAAGGCGGGGAGUACUGGGCGAUUGGAGCUGCGGGAUGGGGGCUUCCAGAGCCUGAGGGCAGGCCAGCGGUGCCACGCCACGGGCCCACGCGCUUUCUCUAUCGGGCAUUUGACUGGAUGUGACCCGAGGGACGCAUGUGUGAGCGGGCGGUGCGGGGGAAAGGUGACAAGGUGUACGACCUGCUGCAGGAAGCCUCGGGCGCUUCUCCGCGCCCUCUCGCCCUCUGGCGCCGACGUGCACAAUGCACACAUGCGUUGGAAUGUAUGGUGUUGGACAAGCGGUCGUUGACGUGGUCGAAGGUUGUUGCGCGGGCAAAGGACUUUUGUGCGCUGCCUCGGAGGACCUGGAGGAUACGGCGUUGUGGCAUGCACUAGUGGUAGUGGUGGUGGAACGCAGGCGGUCGUGGAUGGACUCAUCACCGGGCAGCAGGGGUGCACAUGCAGGCACCCCUAACGCUGGGCGUGGGGAUGUGUGGAACUGAUGUGUGCAAGCUUGCGCCGUGAAGUGGGACUGCACUGGAUGGGUGUGAUGUUAGGUUCAGGACACUGCUCUUCGAAUAUGUGCCGCGUUGCCUAUCUAUCAUGCAUGUGCGGAGCUGUGAACGUUUGUGUUACAGUGGUAUGCCAGGCACUGCUGCCAGUCCCAACGCAUCCAAUUCACAGACGAGCAGCCGGAGGGCAAAUUAAUGAUCUAACCUGAUAAAUGAAC